UUCUGGUCAGAUCGCUGCCGUAAGUGUACCGCCAGCAUGUCUGGUAAACUGAAGUUCCUGACGGUCGAGCAGAAGAAGUUCUGGGACGAAAACGGUUUCAUAAAGUUGAGCGACGUGUUCAGCAACGAGGAGCUGGACGAGAUCUCAAAGGAGUACGAUGAUUUGUUCGAGCGCAAGCAGAAGGAGGACGCGGGCGGCCUGGAAGCUGCCUGGAAAGGAGACGACAUGAAGAGAGCCGCGCGUAACAUCAGCUACACAGUGAAGUCGAUCCACAACCUGCAGAUGCACAGCGCGGUAUUCACGCGACUGCUGCUGCAGCGGCGGCUGCUGGACGCGAUGGAGGAUAUCGUGGGGCCGAACGUGCUGCUACACCACACGAAGGCGCACAUCAAGCCUCCGGAGAAGGGCGCGCCUUACCUGAUGCACCAGGACUACCCGUACUUCCCCUUCAAGAAGCACAGCAUGUGCGCGGUGUUCGUACACCUGGACGACACGAGCCCGGAGAACGGCGGUCUCUGCGUCUACCCCGGAAGCCACAAGCUCGGCCCAUUGCCCGAGCGCGAGCUCAUCGACGAGCACGGCGAGAAGUACCGCUACGUCGAUCCCGAACGCUUCCCCAUUUCGGGCGCCACGCCUCUGACCGCCCGCCGGGGAGACAUCAUCGUCUUCUCUUACUUACUGUUGCACGGCUCCUACCUCAACUUGUCCGACCGGCCCAGGCGCAUGUUCCUCGCCCAGCUGCGCUCGGCUGACGACGAGCCCGCCAAGAGCGUGCACCACUCGCACUGCCAGGACCUCGUGCUCCGGGGCAAGAAUCCUUUCAUGCGUGCCACCAUGGCUACUCGCUUCGUCGACUCCACCAAGAAUCAGUGAAUUUUUUUGCGUCCGCCUCGCCACGAUUAAUUAUAGAGCCCUUUUAUCUCUGUGGCUGUCGUCUUUUCAAUAUAAACUUGUCUUAAAAUCGA